CCCUUGGGUUGUUUUUUCCUUCCCCCUCCUUUUUUUUUUUUACAACCUUUUCUUCAUUCACUUUCGGAUAAAGCUGGACCACAUAUAUGGUAAAUGAAAGCAAAAACAUGUACAUACCGGAGGACACCCUUGAAAACCAUCAAGGCUCCAACUAUUCAAGUCCGUCGUUGGCUCCAGUCCCCAGUCUGAAUGAGGACGAGCGUGUGGGGGGCGGGGGUGGGGUGCUGGGUCUUGCACCUGAACACAUUCCCACCCCUGGCGCUCCCAUCAGCUGGCAGGCAGCCAUCGACGCGGCACGGCAGGCCAAGCUGAUGGGCACCACCGGAGCCCCGAUCUCCACUGCGAGCUCCACGCAGCGCAAACGCCAGCACUACACCAAACCCAAGAAACAGGCCAGCACUGCCUCCACGCGCCCACCCCGAGCCCUUCUCUGCCUAACUCUUAAAAACCCCAUCCGCAGGGCGUGCAUCAGUAUCGUGGAAUGGAAACCGUUUGAAAUCAUAAUUUUGAUGACUAUUUUUGCAAACUGUGUGGCCUUAGCUGUCUACAUCCCUUUCCCCGAGGACGAUUCCAACGCAACCAACUCAAACCUGGAACGGGUGGAGUAUCUCUUUCUGAUCAUUUUUACAGUGGAAGCAUUUCUGAAAGUUAUUGCAUACGGGCUGCUGUGUCACCCUAAUGCGUACCUGCGGAACGGCUGGAACUUGUUGGAUUUCAUCAUUGUGGUGGUUGGGCUCUUCAGUGCAAUAUUAGAGCAGGCCACUAAAGGGGAUGGUGGGACUUCAAUGGGAGGCAAGGCUGCAGGGUUUGAUGUAAAAGCCCUGCGAGCCUUUAGAGUGUUAAGACCUCUGAGACUCGUAUCUGGAGUACCUAGUUUACAGGUGGUGCUGAACUCCAUCAUUAAAGCCAUGGUUCCCCUCCUGCACAUCGCUCUGCUCGUUCUGUUCGUCAUCAUCAUUUAUGCCAUCAUUGGCCUCGAGCUCUUCAUGGGCAAGAUGCACAGAACCUGUUUUUUCUUCAAAGAUGGACACAAAGGUCCUAUAUCUGAAGAGAAGCCAGCCCCCUGUGCCCCAAACUCGGCCCAUGGACGACAUUGCACCCCGGCCAACGUAACGCAGUGCAUGAUGGGAUGGGAGGGCCCAAAUGAUGGAAUCACGAACUUUGAUAACUUUGCAUUUGCCAUGCUGACUGUGUUUCAGUGCAUCACGAUGGAGGGCUGGACUGACGUCCUGUACUGGAUGCAGGAUGCCAUGGGUUAUGAGCUUCCGUGGGUCUAUUUUGUCAGUCUGGUCAUCUUUGGAUCCUUUUUCGUUCUAAAUCUGGUUCUGGGUGUGUUGAGCGGAGAGUUCUCUAAAGAGCGAGAAAAGGCCAAAGCUCGCGGCGAUUUCCAGAAGCUCCGUGAGAAGCAGCAGCUGGAGGAAGAUCUGAAGGGCUACCUGGACUGGAUCACGCAGGCGGAGGAUAUCGACCCUGAGAACGAUGACGAGGGACUGGACGACGACAAGCCUAGAAAUCUGAGUAUGCCGGCCAGUGAAAAUGAGUCAGUGAACACUGAUAAUGCUCCAGCUGGAGACAUGGAGGGAGAGACCUGCUGUACUCGCAUGGCAAAUAGGAUCUCCAAAUCCAAAUUCAGUCGAUAUUCACGCCGAUGGAAUCGGUUAUGUCGGCGCACGUGCCGUGCAGCAGUGAAGUCAAAUGUGUUCUACUGGCUGGUGAUUUUCCUGGUAUUUUUGAACACACUUACCAUUGCCUCUGAGCACCACCAGCAGCCAGAAUGGCUCACCAAUGUGCAAGAAAUCGCCAAUAAGGUGUUGCUGGCUCUUUUUACUGGUGAGAUGCUGCUGAAGAUGUACAGCCUGGGCCUACAGGCCUAUUUCGUCUCCCUUUUUAACCGCUUUGACAGUUUUGUGGUGUGCGGUGGAAUUCUGGAGACUAUCCUGGUGGAAAUCAAGAUCAUGUCACCCCUCGGCAUCUCUGUGCUGCGCUGUGUGCGUCUGCUCCGCAUCUUCAAGAUCACCAGGUACUGGAACUCUCUCAGUAAUCUGGUGGCAUCUCUGCUGAACUCGGUGCGUUCUAUCGCAUCCCUGCUUCUGCUGCUCUUCCUGUUCAUCAUCAUCUUCAGUCUGCUCGGAAUGCAGCUCUUUGGUGGCAAGUUCAACUUUGAUGAGACGCGCCGCAGCACCUUCGAUAACUUCCCCCAGUCUCUCCUCACCGUCUUUCAGAUUUUGACCGGAGAGGACUGGAACUCUGUGAUGUAUGAUGGGAUCAUGGCGUACGGUGGACCCUCCUUUCCUGGCAUGCUUGUCUGCAUUUAUUUCAUCAUCCUCUUCAUCUGCGGAAACUACAUCCUCCUGAAUGUCUUCUUGGCCAUUGCCGUGGACAACCUGGCAGACGCCGAGAGUCUGACAUCAGCGCAGAAAGAGGAAGAGGAGGAGAAAGAGAGGAAGAAGCUAGCCAGAAUGGCCAGUCCAGAGAAGCGUCAGGACUCUGAGAAACCACCUCUGGAGGAUGAAAAGAAAGAGGAAAAGAUUGAACUAAAAUCCAUCACUUCUGAUGGAGAUGCGCCAACUGCCACUAAGAUCAACAUAGAUGAGUACACGGGGGAGGAGAAUGAGGAGAAGAAUCCAUAUCCUGUGAACGAUUUCCCAGCAGGAGAGGAGGAUGAUGAGGAGCCAGAGAUGCCAGUAGGUCCUCGUCCACGUCCACUCUCCGACAUUCAGCUGAAGGAGAAAGCUGUCCCCAUGCCAGAAGCCAAAGCUUUCUUUAUUUUCAGCGCCACUAACAAGUUCAGGGUUUUGUGUCAUAAGAUUGUAAACCACAACAUCUUCACCAAUUUAAUCCUGUUCUUUAUACUGCUGAGCAGUAUUUCACUGGCAGCGGAGGACCCAGUGAAUAAUGACUCAUUCAGGAAUCAGAUUCUAGGCUAUGCAGAUUAUGUGUUUACAGGAAUCUUCACCAUAGAGAUCAUAUUAAAGAUGACAGCGUAUGGAGCAUUCCUACAUAAGGGUUCAUUUUGUCGGAAUUAUUUUAAUAUUUUGGAUCUGGUGGUGGUCAGUGUGUCUCUGAUCUCCUCUGGAAUUCAGUCAAGUGCCAUUAAUGUAGUGAAGAUUCUCAGAGUGCUGAGGGUGUUGAGGCCCCUGAGAGCAAUCAACAGAGCCAAGGGCCUCAAACAUGUGGUCCAGUGUGUGUUUGUAGCCAUCCGUACCAUCGGGAACAUCGUUAUCGUCACCACUUUGCUGCAGUUCAUGUUUGCCUGUAUUGGCGUUCAACUUUUCAAGGGCAAAUUCUCCUACUGCACAGACACCUCUAAACAGACACAGACCGAAUGCCGGGGGUUCUAUAUAUUAUACAAACACGGGAAUGUUGGGAAGCCAGAGAAAGCACAGCGUUCAUGGGAGAACAGUGACUUCAACUUUGAUGAUGUCCUGCAGGGCAUGAUGGCUCUGUUUGCCGUGUCCACUUUUGAGGGUUGGCCAGGGCUCCUCUACAGAGCCAUCGACUCCCAUGCAGAAGAUGUUGGCCCAAUCUACAACUACCGUGUGAUCAUCUCUAUAUUCUUCAUCAUCUACAUCAUCAUCAUCGCCUUCUUCAUGAUGAACAUAUUCGUAGGUUUCGUCAUUGUGACAUUUCAGGAGCAGGGAGAGCAAGAGUACAAAAACUGUGAGCUGGACAAGAACCAGCGCCAGUGUGUGGAAUAUGCCCUGAAGGCUCGUCCCCUGCGCAGGUACAUCCCCAAGAACCCGUAUCAGUACAAGGUGUGGUAUGUGGUGAACUCCACCUACUUUGAGUACCUGAUGUUCACCCUCAUCCUUCUCAACACCAUCUGCCUGGCCAUGCAGCAUCAUGGCCAAUCUCAGUCCUUCAGCAAAGCCAUGAAUAUCCUCAAUAUGUUGUUCACCGGCCUCUUCACUGUGGAAAUGAUCCUCAAACUCAUCGCCUUCAAACCCAGGGGUUACUUUAGUGACCCCUGGAAUGUUUUUGACUUCCUCAUCGUAAUUGGCAGCAUUAUAGACGUCAUUCUGAGUGAGAUCAACCCAGCUGACCCCUCCUCCUCUCCCCCCUCCUCUGUGGUAAGACCAAUGGGCCUCCAAAACACUGAAGAUAACGCCAGGAUUUCGAUCACGUUCUUUCGGCUGUUUCGCGUGAUGAGGCUGGUGAAGCUUCUGUCUCGGGGAGAGGGCAUUCGGACGCUGCUCUGGACCUUCAUUAAAUCCUUUCAGGCUCUUCCCUAUGUUGCUUUGCUGAUCGUAAUGCUGUUCUUCAUCUACGCCGUCAUUGGAAUGCAGAUGUUUGGUAAGAUUGCCCUGAGGGACCACAGCCAGAUCAACCGAAACAACAACUUUCAGACAUUUCCUCAGGCUGUUCUGCUGCUCUUCAGGUGUGCAACAGGGGAGGCAUGGCAGGAAAUCAUGCUGGCCUGUUCCCCGAACCGCCCAUGUGAGAAGGGGUCAGAGGUCGGCCAUUCCAGUGAAGACUGUGGCAGCCACUUUGCCAUCUUCUACUUUGUUAGCUUUUAUAUGCUUUGCGCCUUCCUGAUCAUUAACCUCUUUGUGGCCGUCAUCAUGGACAACUUUGACUAUUUAACACGUGAUUGGUCGAUAUUGGGACCGCAUCACCUAGAUGAGUUUAAGAGGAUAUGGGCAGAAUACGAUCCUGAGGCCAAGGGUCGGAUAAAGCACCUGGAUGUGGUGACGUUACUGCGCAGGAUUCAGCCUCCCCUUGGAUUUGGAAAGCUUUGUCCACAUAGAGUGGCAUGCAAGCGGCUUGUGUCCAUGAACAUGCCUCUCAAUAGUGACGGGACGGUGAUGUUCAACGCAACUCUCUUUGCUCUAGUACGAACGGCUCUACGCAUCAAAACUGAAGGUAACUUGGAGCAAGCAAAUGAGGAACUCAGAGCCAUCGUGAAGAAGAUCUGGAAGAGGACGAGCAUGAAGCUGCUCGAUCAAGUUGUUCCCCCAGCUGGAGAUGAUGAAGUAACCGUUGGGAAGUUCUAUGCCACAUUCCUGAUUCAGGAAUACUUCAGGAAAUUUAAGAAGCGCAAGGAACAGGGCCUGGUGGCCAAAAUUCCCCCAAAGACUGCUCUUUCACUGCAGGCUGGCCUGCGCACACUGCAUGAUAUUGGUCCUGAGAUCAGAAGAGCGAUAUCAGGAGACCUGACUGUGGAGGAGGAGCUGGAGAGAGCCAUGAAGGAAACCGUGUGUGCUGCUUCUGAGGAUGAUAUCUUCAGGGUAAAGCGGUCUGGCGGCCUCUUCGGGAACCAUGUCAACUACUACCACCAGAGUGAUGGCCACGCCUCCUUCCCACAGUCCUUCACAACACAGCGGCCAUUGCACAUCAGUAAAUCCGGGAGUCCCGGCGAGGCAGAAUCUCUCUCUCAUCAGAAGCUCGUCGACUCCACCUUCUCUCCGAGCAGUUACUCUUCCUCAGGAUCCAACGCAAACAUCAACAACGCCAACAACACAGCCAUCGGACACCGGUACCCCAAACCUACCGUCAGCACAGUGGACGGGCACACGGGGUCGCCCCUCACCACUGUCCCACUACCACGGCCUACAUGGUGCUUUCCUAACAAGAGGAGCUGUUUCUAUGACACUUUCAUGCGCUCUGAUUCCAGUGACAGUCAUCUCCCUAUAAUACGGCGAGAGGAAGCAUCUACAGAUGAGACGUACGAUGAAACAUUUCUAGAUGAGAGAGAUCAGACCAUGCUCUCAAUGGACAUGCUGGAAUUUCAGGAUGAAGAGAGCAAGCAAUUGGCUCCAAUGGUGGAGGCAGAAGUAGGGGAAGAGAGGAGGCCGUGGCAGUCUCCACGAAGACGGGCAUUUCUCUGCCCCACUGCACUGGGUCGACGGUCUUCCUUUCACUUAGAGUGUUUGAGAAAACAUAACAGACCUGAUGUUUCUCAGAAAACUGCACUACCACUGCACCUAGUGCAUCAUCAGGCUUUGGCUGUGGCAGGUUUGAGUCCCUUGCUGAGACGGAGUCAUUCUCCGACGUUGUUCACGCGUCUGUGCUCCACACCUCCUGCGAGUCCCAGCGGCCGCGGCGGGGGAGGGCCGUGCUACCAGCCCGUUCCGUCUCUGCGGCUGGAGGGCAGCGGAUCUUAUGAGAAACUCAACAGCAGCAUGCCGUCUGUGAACUGCAGCUCGUGGUACAGUGACAGUAACGGCAACCACAGCAGGAGUGUGCAGAGGACGCAGCGACCCGUAUCCCUCACGGUUCCUCCGGUCACACGCAGAGACUCCACAUCCCUGUCACACGGGAGCGCCGGCAGCCUCGUGGAGGCCGUGUUGAUAUCCGAGGGUUUGGGUUGCUAUGCACAGGAUCCUUCCUUCAUCCAGGUAGCGAAGCAGGAACUAGCGGAUGCCUGCGACAUGACCAUGGAGGAGAUGGAGAACGCUGCCGACAACAUUCUCAACGCCAACGCACCGCCCAAUGCCAACGGAAACCUGCUACCCUUCAUGCAGUGCAGAGACACUGGCUCGCAGGAGUCCCGUUGCAGCCACGCGCUGGGCCUCUCGACCACCACGGGCUCCGACGAGCUGCUGGGGGCGGAGCUAGAGUGCUCCGAGGGGGAGGGGCAGCAGAACAGCACUCUGAUGGAGGACGGGGACAUGGAGUGCGUGACCAGUUUGUAGGGGGAACAGCAGCAGCAACGGAGGACUUCCUGUGUCUUAGCCCAGCUCUCUCUGAGGACACUGCUGUCCUGCAGUCUGACCUGUCUGUUGCGUGUACCUACCAUAGGGGUAUAAGGCCAUUCUGCUUAGCUGAGACCAAGUUGGUUUUUAGUUUGUCCGUGUUUGCGAGAGCACGAGCGAGUAGGCGUGUGUACAUGUUUGUGUGUGUUUCUAAAGUGCCUCACAGUUCUCACAACCUUGAUUGCAGUAAGGAAACGAAACCCUGACCGAGCAAGGAAUGAAGGGAAAAGAUGCGCUGUUGUUGCUCAAGCAGUGGGAGUUUGCGCUGACCUGUGUGUGGCGGCAGGACUCGAAAGCCGCAGCAUCGCGCGUGGACGCUCGGUGCCGAGCAGGUGGAUCUUGAGGGCCGUGUUGGGAAUUUGCUGCCCGGGGGCCGUCACGGGUUCGAGAGAUGUUCAGAGGGACACAUUGGAGCGGCUCUCUCUUUCCUUUCCAUCCAUCCAUCCGUUCUUCAGAAGUGUCGUCUGCAAGCGCCCUCACAUCAUACUUCUCCUUUACGGCUUUCUUUUAUGUUCAGUUGAUGAUUUUUGCUGUUUUUUAUUUUAUUUAAUUUCUCUAGUUAAGCCUGCACAUAGCUUUUCCUUUUAUCAGCGGAAGACUGAACUCUCUGAAUUGCUCUCUUUCUUGUGUACCGUUACGGCUUUCAGGUAACUGCUCGCUGUGCAAGGUACGGGUCAUUGCAUCAGUGGCCUUUUAUUCCAGAUCUGCUUCAGGUUUUAUUUUCUUUUUAUUUUCCAGCAUUUAGUGUUUAUAAUGUUGUUUGCACACAGAUGGAUGCUGUUUUUUUUCUUAAAUUAUUAUUAUUAUUAUUGAAGGCGUUUAAGAUGUUUAUGCCAGAUGCAGUGUUGUGAAUCUAAUGCCUCUUACAGACACACAAAAACAAUUAUUUAUUUAUUUAUUCCUGUCAGAGGUGAAGCGUGUUCCGCCGGGGGUUCGGUCUCUCUCACAGUGUUUAUUGGUAGCUCACAAGCUGUAAAUGAGCAGUGUCACUCACCUGGGCGCAGGUAGCACUGACAGCUCUCAUGGCUGCUGUUGGGUCGGACUCACGUUUGCUCUGAAACUACUGACGUUUCUUCACUGCUGAUCUCCAGAAACAUUCAGCCGACAGCUGCGAUUCUGUCACGAUCCCACCUGCUCGACACAGGGAACAGCAGAUCUUCGGAAGGUCAGUAAAGGUGCACUUUGAGGAGAGGAAGGGUGGAGUAUUCAGGGAUGUCUGGGUAGCGCAUCAUUAAAAAAAAACUCUAAUGUAGUUCACACAGGGCUAAAUAUAUGACCAUCAUUAUGAAAGUACCAACAUCAGCAGUGUCAUCAUCAUACAAUGUUAUUGAUAUUAUCAUUAUUAUUAUUAUUAUUAUUGUUAAGGAUAUUUUUCUGCUGCGUUUAACACCGUUUCCAUGCAGUUCGGCAGACACAGAGAACUACUUAUCGAUCUAUUAUGCAAAUAAGGUGUUGAAGCGUUAGCAUUGUGUUGGUAAUGUGUCGACGGGAUGGAGUGCGACCCCUAAACACAUGAGAAACCUGACCAAUCCACUUCCAGGCGUCUCUCUGUUUGUGCCACACUAGACCGGGUUAGAAGUUCUGUCACCGUUUUGCACACUACUUCAGACGAUACGAAUUUCUCUUUCCAUGUAUGAACAGAUAAUUGACUAUUUUUGUCUAGCUGACGCUUCACUUUCUAUAGAGCGUCCUGGCGUUUGGUUCCAGGCCUCGAACAUCGCGUUCGAUCUCAGUCUCCAGUCCUGUGCCAUUUUUUUUUUUGAUUGAUUGAUUGAUUGAUUGAGUUCCUGAAUGUUUACAGAAGGUCUCUGCUCUGAGGACGAUGCAAAGCUUGUGAAAAAACGUGACAAAUGUAGCCAGAACCCACCUGCUCUGUCCCAAAGCCGCCACCACACCCUCAUAUCUCCUACACACACAAUGUGUCAUUGUGAGGCUGCCCCAGGCAUAUUUCGAGGCCUUGGUUGUGUACGUGUGCGAGUUUCUCCGUGUUUAGCAUAUGCAGAGUGCGAGCGUGUUUGUGUGGUGUUCGUGUUAGUAUAUGCAGGAUGAGUGCGUGAGUGCAUGCGUAUGUGCUUGCAUACCACAAGAUAUGCAAAAACAAUGCAAUAACUGACUGUACAACAGUUUCCUUCAGAACUACAGCUGUACAAAAAUCUAAGAUACAGAGAGAUAUAUAUUCACUGUUGUGUAUUAAGUUACAGAACUUUAAAUUGAAGAAACCUGUCAUACUUGAAAUCGGGUGCAUUUGAGUAUUGAGUAUUUUGAAAUAAUCUUGUGCGGGUCAGUUUGGUUCGAUGUUUUUCUUCUGUUGGUUUCAAUGAUCUCUGCAUGAGGAUUCUUUUGGUGUGCCAAGCGUUUUGAGUAAUUAUUUUUUUGUUGUUUUCAUUUUGAAACAUUGAGGAAUCACUGAUGACGAGGAGCGAAGGUGUAAAUACAGACGGAGGAGAGAAGCGUCUCGUUGGUGUGAAAAUGA